CGCCGGUCCGGCGCCAAGCGCCGGAUUAUCGGCUGGAGGACCAGGUCGGCUUCCUGCUGCGGCGGGCUUAUCAGCGCGCUUCGUCCAACCUGGUCGACCGGAUCGGGUCCUACGAGCUGACGGCGCCGCAAUACGCGACGCUGGCCCGGCUCUACGAGCGCGGGGCGCUGUCGCAGAACCUGCUCGGCCGGCUGGUCGCGAUGGAGCCGGCCGACAUCCGGACCGACGUGACCGCGGCCGGCGUGGCGCUGGUCGAGCAAUUGAUCCCGAUCGAGAUCGUGUGCACCGCGACCACGCUGGCGCCGCUCAAGGCCGACGAGCGGCGAUUGCU